AUGGAAGAAACUCUGGUUCAUCGUUCAUACAUCUCAUCAUCCUUGCAUCUGCUAUGUCUAUCGGUGGUGGUUUUGUUAAAUAUUGAGUGGUCAUAUUCUACCUAUCAUUCAGCGCCUAUUCUUCCUUAUAAAGUAAUCAACAAAAAGGCGUUGCAAAUACCCAUAUUCAAUCAAUAUAAACCGUACAAUGCGAAGAAAGGGCAAUCCAUAUUCAACCAACAUAGACCCUACAAUACAAAAAAAGGUCAUGUUUAUAAUGGAAAGAAAGGGUCCUAUAAAAAGCAUUAUUAUACUUCUUCCAGUUCGUCGACAAGCAGUUCGACAACCACAACGGAUAACGUCAAAAUUAAAUACGUGAUCAUCAAAAAGGUAGCAGGUGUAGGGGCUGGAUAUCACAACCACCAUCCAUCCAAACACGGGCAUGAUAUAUUUAACGGAAUAUCUUAUCAAAAAGGAAAGGACGAUGUGGCUGUUGAUACCGAAAAAAAUAAUUUUCCCACCCUCAAAAAACUGAUUAUAAGGCAAAAAGAGGCUGAAGAGCUUAAAAAUAGCCAAAAUUCGGGAAUUCAUAAUACGAAGGCUAAGAAAUCGAGUGGAAUGGGGUACAAUGAUGACUACAUGGAAAAGAAGUUUAAGGAAAGAGAGAAAGAAGAACUAAUAAAACCAUCGAGAAAUUCUAAUUUUUCGCAAAUUAAAGCGGCCGGGUUGAGUUACGGUUCAGAUUUGGAAGGAAGGGGUAAUGAUACAGAAGAGAUAAAAGAAGGCCAGAAAUCUCCGAAAUCAAGAGAAAAAGAUGAGGAAAAUUUUUUGAGAAAUGAAGAGGGAGACGGUCAAGAACAAAAAUCCGAUUAUGACCCGAAUCCCAGUUCUAAAUUAGAAAUCCAAGGUGAUUUCUCCUUAGAAGGAGAUAAGUCUGAUAAUGGUUCUCCGAAAAUUAAUAAUAACUAUGAUAUACCUACGAUAGAUUUCGGCCUUAAAGGAGAUUCUGGUUUCUUGCCCAUCUUUUUCCGAUGAUCUCAAUGCUAUUAAAAUUUUAUUUGGGCAAUUUAACAUAUUUAA